UUAAUUUUGCUUAUAUACAAACAGACAUAUUUAAAUUUUUGUAUUAGUUUUUAUAUAAAAUAUAUCUUACUGGUAAUAACUGUCAUGUGAACAAAAAUGAUUCGAAAAUCAACUCGCAUGUUGCGCAGCUAUUUUCAUCUCUUCUUUGGUCCAGCAUUUCGACUGACAAGUAGAUUUCCCGAAGCCUUUGAAAUAUGCAAAGAAUUCAGGAUAGGCAGAGAAAAAAUGCUGCAAAUUGCGAAUGCCCUCACCAAGGAGAUACAACUCGGCCUGGCCAGGGAAACUCACCCACAGGCCAUAGUGAAAUGCUUCCUCACCUACAUUCAGGAUCUGCCCACGGGCAAAGAACGUGGCAAGUUUAUGGCCCUGGAUUUGGGUGGCACUAACUUUCGAUGUUUGCUCGUCAAUCUCGCAGAUGGCGCAGUGAUGCAGACCACGCUCAAAUCGUUUGCCAUUUCCGAGGAACUGAUGCAGGGUCCUGGAACGGAUCUGUUUGACUUUAUAGCUGAGUGCCUGGCGGGAUUUUGCAAGGAGCAGAACAUUGGUAACGAUCGCAUUCCAUUGGGCUUCACUUUCUCGUUUCCACUGCAGCAGAUUGGUAUCAACAAGGGCAUUUUGCGGCGCUGGACUAAGGGAUUCAGAUGCGAAGGAGUCGAGGGCAAGGAUGUCGUGGAGUUGCUGCAAAGUGCCAUCGAUCGCCGUGGUGAUGCAAAUGUCAAAAUCGUGGCCAUUUUGAAUGAUUCCACCAGUACACUUGUCUCCUGUGCUUAUUCCCAUCCCGACUGUCGCAUUGGCCUUAUUGUGGGCACCGGCGUCAAUGCUUGCUACGUGGAGCAAACAUCCAAGGCGGAGAUGCUCGACGGUUAUGAAAGCAGCCAGAAGCCCAUCAUGAUCAUCAACACGGAACUGGGAGCAUUUGGAGACAAUGGAUCAUUGGACUCGGUACGCACUGUUUAUGACAAGACCCUCGACAUAGAGUCAGUGAAUCCAGGCAGUCAGACCUUAGAGAAGUGCGUCUCCGGCAUGUAUCUGGGCGAGGUGGUGCGUCACAUUCUGCUCGAUCUUAUGCGCAUGGGAGUGCUGUUCCGUGGCAUGAGACCGGAUGAAAUGCAAACCAAAUGGAUAUUUCGAACUCGCUUUAUAUCGGAAAUCGAGUCCGAUCCGCCUGAGGUGUUUCACAAUGCCCGAGUGGUGUUGUAUCAUCUGGGCAUCAAAACGGACGACCUUAAUGAUAUGGCUUGUCUGCGCUAUAUCUGUGAUUCGAUAUCGCUUCGAUCUGCGCAACUCACCUCAUGUGCCAUUGUUGCCAUGAUCAAUCAGAUGAAUGUCGAGUCGUGUACUGUGGCCAUAGAUGGGGGACUGUGUCGCUAUCACCCGCAUUAUCGAAAUUUGAUCGAGCAGCAGCUGUCGAUACUCUUGAAGAAUGCUUCUGCAUACAAGAUUGUGCUGUCCGAGGAUGGUUCUGGUCUUGGAGCAGCUCUCGUCGCCGCAGCCUUCGCCAAUAAAUAAAGUCGAAUGGCGAUGCCAUCGUUUCCCCGUAUUGUCUGCACAUGUUUGAGCAAACCUGCAGCGAAUACUGGGAAUUGGACGCAACCUCAAACAUGUUCGAUGACAGCCGCAUGCCGAUGCAUGGCGGAGGGAACGUCGCACACGCGACGCCAAACCAGUUUUCUGGCUCACAGUCAACGACGGGCAACUGGCGUGAACGGUUCGCAGUUCGCAGUUUGCAGCUUAUUCGAAAAUCGGUUAUCGGCUCGUCGAUGGUCGCUCGUUUGCUUUGGCGUGCCAUGCAUUGAAUUUGAAUUGAAAAUAAAAUUUUGCCAAAAAUUCAAAAUUUGUUUUUUCAAGCCAACAAAAAAGAACGCGAAGAAAUGCGACGCGACACGCGGCAAAAACUAACAGUCGAAUCAAUUUUAAAAUAAACAACCACAAACCAUAACAACAACAGCAACAACAACAAGAGCAAGAAAAUAAAAAGUA